AUGUGGUUAACAAUUAUUUUAACCCUACUUAUCUUCAUUGAAUGUGUUGCAGUUGUAUAUAUACCGUCCAAAGUAGAGAAUAGAUUGUCCAAAAUGAAAAAAAAUAAAUUUUUAAACAUGGAAAAUUUUGAAAAUAUUGCAAGUGGUGCAAUACUGGCUUUAGCUUUUAUACAUAUGUUACCUGAAGUUAUUACCUUAUUAAACAAAAAUAAUAUUAGCCUUUAUUACACCUUUUCUCUAAUACUUAUAUCAGUAACAUUUUUGAAUAUAACAGAUAUGUUGCAUGACCAUCAUAUGGAACAUAGCUUUAAUAUUAAUGAUACAUUAGAGUCUGAAAACCAAAACAACUCUGUUAUGAGCGAUAAAAAAAAUGACACAAACUGUUUACCACUUGAUAUGAAUGAAACACUACGCAUAGAGAUUAGUGCAUUAGAUGAUAAAAAAAGCAAAUGCAAAAACAAUUUUUUUUUGGAAAUAUUUAAAUCAAAUUCCUUUUUUAUUGUUCUAAGCCUCUUUAUCCAUUCCUUCAUAGAAGGUUUACUUAUGGGAAGCUUAAAAGACAAAAAGGCCAUUGUAAUUGUGGCCCUAUCCAUGUUAGCGCAUAAAUGGGCAGAAUGCUUAAUUGUGUACAAGAAUAUUGUCAACAAGAUAGAAAACACCUUUUUGGCGAACAUAUACUCAUGGUCCUUUAUACUGUCCUUACCAAUAGGAGUUUUUAUUGCAACGUUUUCUUUUCCAUCAAACGAAUUUGUGGAAAUAAUCUUUAGCUCAAUUGCUUGUGGCUUUUUUUUAUACCUAUCCUUCAACAUGACUAAAGAAAUCAAGGUAACAAAACAUAACAAAUACUUCCUAUCUUCUAGCUACUUCCUUGGAGUUUGUGGCAUGUCAGCUUUGAUGAUAAUAUUUAAUUCCUUUGAAGAUGCUAACAUUGUUUAA